UUCGCCGAAUGGUCGAAAAUAAUAAUAAUGGAUAAAAACAUCACAUGUUUAUAAAUUUAAUUUUUAGAGAGAGAAAGAAAAAUUGAUUUUAAAUUUUAACCUAAAGUGAUUUAAGAGGAGCAGUAUUUUAUUAUAUUGAAUUAUUAAAUGAUAACAAUCUAAUAUGUCAGCAAUAUAUCGCAUGAUAAAAUUAUUUGGAAGAAAUACUUUGUUACAGGAAAGUAAAAGAAAUUUUUCCCUCUCAAGCAUAACUAGGAUUAAAGAAAUUGUCGAAAAAAAGGAAGAAAAAGUUCUCACUAUUGAGGGUAAAAUUGUCCUCGACAGCAAAGAUCAUUUACUUUUGAAAACGAAUGAAAACGGUGCCUGCCCUAUUUGUUCUGCUGGUUUAGAUGUCAAACAUACAGAUGUGUUGAUUCUAAGCCAAUUUGUACGCUCUGAUGGUUGUAUGUUACCACAGAGAAUUACUGGUUUGUGCAAAGUGCAGCAAGUCAGAAUGAGCAAACUGGUUGCUAUGGCUCAUAAAGCAGGUUUAAUGCCUAAUUUGAAACCAAGGAGUGAUCUUAAAAGAGAGCCUUGGGAAAGACCAAAGUGGAAAAAAUAUAAUACAUAUUUCGAUGAGAAAACAAUCAAGAGUAGAUAUAGAAUAUAAUUAGAAUUUUAGUAGAACUUUGUAAAAUUGAACAUAAUACUUCAGAAAAUAUAAAAUUUUAUAUCUUAAAAA